AUGUAUGUUCGUGAAGCUCGAAUCGUUUUGGAAAACCACACUGGUAGUUAUUUCAAGUUUCAAGUUCUUCAUCAAUACACGGGAAAAGACACGGAUGAUUCCGGUUGGAUCAAAUUCGCUCCUGGAGAUUCGAAACAAGUUUUUGCACGCGUUGUAUAUCACACUGGAUUUAUGACAACUGGUGUUGAUAAUUGGAUUAUUCAUGGAAAACAACUGAACAAAGUUAAAGGCAAGUUUUGAUAAAUGAAAGCUGAUGUGAAAUCCAAAAUGAUUUUUUAGGCACUGUCCCAAGUCUUCAAAUUGAUGGACAAGCUUUCAUUGAGGGUCUUUCAUAUAGAAGUUAUCAUGGUUUUGGAGCCGAAUGGAAGAAACACAUGUUAACUGCUGAAGAUGAUGGUAAAACCACUGUGAUUAAAGUUUAUCAAUCUACUAUUGAUUUCAUAUCUCCAAGCGGCAAAUCUUCCACUCGAUUUGAUACUAUUGGUGAUACAGUUGGAAGAAUUAUGUAA